GACGAGUGUAGAAGGAUGGCUACGGGAGGAGAUGAGCUUCUCGAAUUGAAAGAAGAGCAAGGUUCCGAUGAGGAGGCAGAAGCACAAGAAGCAGGUGAUGUACAAGAACAAGAAACGUCAUUUAGAGUAUAUGUAGGGAAUUUAAUGCCAAAUUGUCCCGAAGACACUUUACGCUUCCUUUUCGAAGAGCACGGUGUUGAGGUCGGUCACAUUUUGGUGAAAAGAAGUUACGCCUUCGUUGAUUGCGAGGAUCAGGCUAACGUCGACAAAGCUAUCGAAAAAUUAAACGGUCAUAAGUUCUCUUGGUCAGAUAUGAUGCAAGUGGAGCCAUCAGUCGGACGAAGAAGGCGUUCAAACAAAGUUCAAAUUCGCAACUUUCCUAGUCAUAUUGGUGCUGAAGAAAUCCAGGAGCUUGUACGUUCAUAUGGUCCUGUUCAAAAGUGUGAAUUAGUUGGUGCAGAGGGUUUGGUGUAUGUGACAUUUGAUAAUCCAGAAGCUGCUCAAAUGGCUGUUACAAGUUUAAAUGGCAUAGACUUUCAGGGAUCAUCAAUCAAGGUUGACUUUGCAAGUAACAAGACAAUGCGCAGACCAAGACCAAAUUAUGGCGGGCAAAACAUGGAUAGGGCUAUGGAGAGAGGACCAGGCCCUCAGGGGGGUCAGAACAAUAGGGCACAAGAAUUGCCUUUAAGGAUUGUGGUUGGCAGUGAGUUUAUUGGUGCUAUUAUUGGGAGACAAGGGCAGACCAUUCAUAACAUAACCACACAGAGCAGAGCAAGAGUGGACAUUCACAGAUCUGAAAUGGCAAUGUCUCCAGAAACAGUUAUCACCAUUAAAGGAAGUCCAGAAAGCUGUAUGAAUGCAUGUGUAGAGAUCAUGAAAAUUGUUCAAGCUGAAGCACAAAACCUUGUCAAAGGAAAGGGACCUCAAGAUCAACUGGGGAAUGACAGAGAUCAUCCCAUGAAGAUACUGUGUCCAAACAACAUCUGUGGACGAAUCAUUGGAAAAGGGGGCUCUGUGAUCAAGAACUUCAUGGAGCAAUCUGGAACUCAUAUUGUGGUCUCCAGUGCACAAGAUGCUACCUACUUUACUGACCGAGUCGUAACAAUCACUGGUCCUCUUGACAGUUGCAAGAAAGGGGGAGAACUCUUGUUUGAAAAAAUGAGAAAAUGUGCAGAGCUUGAUCAACAGAACUACCAACAGAAUAUGGGUGUGUAUGGAGGUAUGGGUCCUGGAGGGCCUAUGGGUCCUAUGUUUGGUGGUGGUGGUGGAGGACGAGGUGGACCAUAUCAACAAGGACCAUACCAAAUGCAGGGUGGGCCAGGGAUGUACCAGGGCGGACCUGGCUUGUAUGGGGCAGCUCCUCCCCAGCCCCCUCAACAGUUAGAGAUAACAUACCUGUAUAUACCAGAAUCUACAGUUGGUGCUGUCAUUGGAACAAAAGGAGUCAAUAUAAAAAACAUUAUGAGAUUAUCAAAUGCUAGAAUAAAGAUAUUAGAUCAAAAUCAAGGUGGGGAUAAUGGUGACAAACAAGGCCGAGGACCUCACAGAAAUGAAGAACAACGUAAAGUCAUAAUAACUGGAAAUGCCGAGGCACAGUGGAAGGCUCAAUUUUACAUAGCUGAGAAGAUCAAAACAGAAACCAUGGUUCCAAAUUUAGAAGACUUCCAUUUUAGAGCAGAAAUCCUGGUGCCUAAACCAAUGAUUGGCAGAAUAAUUGGCAAAGGGGGACAGCAUGUCAAGGAGAUGCAGCGAGUAACACAAGCCAUAGUGAAAACACCAGAUACAAAGUCAUUCCCAGACAAUGAGGAAGUCCCUGUUUCUAUAUAUGGACAUUUUUAUGCCAGCCAAUCAGCACAGAGACGCAUACGUGCCUUGCUCAGCCAAGCCAUGCAGGGCCCUCCAAUGCAGGAAAGACCGCCUAACCAGCGCCGACCGAUGAAUGGAAACUAAGAUUGGGUUUUUCGUCCUUGCUUAUUUUGUGGAGUCGUGCUUUAAUGAGAUUUGAGAAACUCUUUUGUAAAGACCAAGACUUUUUUAUUUUUUAUUUACAAGCAUCUUUACAAAAGAUUUUCCACCAUUAAGAUCAAGUUGUUUGUUAAAGGGCAUCUAUAUCAGGUUUUGUAGAUCGGAGGCCCCAGACAAGUGUAUUUAUAAGGGGUUUGGAGACAUGAAAGAACAAAGAAAAGGUCAUUGUUGAUACGUUCAGAUCGUGGCCAGUUUGUGAGAAUUUAUUUUUGAUACUUGUUGAUUACUAUUUUGUUAUUUUUACAAAAAAAAUGAGAUAAACGAGGGUACUGUUUUUUAGGCCCUUGCGUUACGAGUAAACUGCCAUAUAUUAUUUAUUUUCAUGUCAGUAUUCUGGGAUACUAAAUUUUAGUACCUGGCAAUUUCUGGUAGAGCGGCAUUAACUGGCAUUUAACCAUGAUAAUUGUAUAAGAUGUUUUAUUUUCCGAGUGUAUAAACUUGUCAACACAUUAGUUACACUUGACAAAUUAACGAAAAAGAAGUUCUAAAGACAUUAAAUACAUAAUUCUGUUCAAUACACCCUCAAAAUCACAGAUUUUCUUUGUUCAGUGUGAUCAACUCUCUAACUGUUAGUACUUGUUAAAGUACAAGGAAUUCGUGUUAAGUAAACAGUCUAGUAAUUGCAAGAAAUAAUGAAAUACUGAUUUAUAUUGGAAUUAUCUACUUAUUUCUGAAAGUUACUGAGAACUCAGUAACUAGGUGUAAGAAAGAUUGUAUACAGUAUUAUUGUGUGUUUGAAUGACGCCUGUGUUAUAUAUGGGAGAAGAUAAUAUGUUUCUUGCAGGUCAAUCUCAUCGCUGUAAGGGAAGGCAUUUUUAUGCUUCUGCAGAACUUGGUUUGCCUGCUAGAAAUUUAUAAUAGACCCAAGUUUAUUUAAAAGGUGAACAAGCAAUCAACCAUGGAACAGUGGGGAAACUAUUGUGCUGUCCCCGUUAACUCCCCAUUAUUAUAAAACAGGCAUCAUUUAACUUGGCUCCUAGCACUCUGUACAAAUAAAACAAAACAAAAAAACCUGAUUUGAUGAAGUUUACAGAUAUUCUGUAUCUAUUACACAAGAUGCCUGUCAGUUCUUGAUUGGUUCAACUGAAUUGAUUUGAUUGAUUGUAUAUUUGAUAACUAACUCAAUCUUUGAAUUCUACAUAUGGGUUCAACAUAGAUUGAAAAAGUUGUCAAAUAAGUUUCAGAUUCCUUUAUUGAUAUACUGUAUGAGGUAUUAAAGCAACAGACUGAGAGAAAUAGUAUUGAACGUUUUACUUUUUAAAAUAUUGUUUCUUUAGGAAAUAACAUUUAAGCAAACUCUUUGUAUUUUAUCUUUGGAAUUUUUGGUUUGGUUUAAAUGACUCUGGGGAGGUAACUUACAAAGUAAAAUAUUUUCAAGAUUUCUUAUAAGAUAUAUUUAAAAGUUGCUGUUAAGUUUAAGGUCUGAUACUAUAUAGACAGUUAUUUUAUGGAUCUUAUGGACUCCAGUCUUGUUGGUAAUAUUACCUGGUACAAUAUGUCAAAACUUUGGCCAUCAAAUGAUGCACUUUACUCUUAUGCUUGUAGAUCAUUUACUUUGUGGAGUCAAGACUUGAGCUAAGUGCAACAUUUAUGGUUCAACACUCCUCCAACAAAGAUUUAUAUUAAAACAAAUCUUGUCUGGUGUUUUUAUUCACAAAAUUUUAUUUCUGUAGAUAAGUUGAGUAGAUGAUUGUGAAAUGAUAGGUGUAAUAGUGCUACUGUUAUAACCUAUGGUUUCUCAGUCAUUCACCUAUAUAUGUAUAUUUAAAUGAGCUGCGUCACGACAAAACCAACAUGAUGGGUUUGCGACCAGCAUGGAUCCAGACCAGCCUGCGCAUCCGCGCAGUCUGAUCAGGAUCCAUGCUGUUCGCUUACAGCUGGUCUGGAUCCAUGCUGGUCGCAAACCCAUUAUGUUGGUUUUGUCAUGAUGCGGCUCAAAUUAGUUCAAUAUUGUUCAUGGAUAGUGUUUGGUGAUUUUAUUUGACUUACUGUUAACAGAAUUUGUUCAUUUUUUCACAUUGAAUAGUUCAUGCUCUUAAAUAUAUGGUCUUUUUAUUUUUAGGGAAAUAUUUGUCCAACUUUAUAAUAUAACCGUACAUCGUGUUUAAUUUAUAAUUCUUUCUCUUUAGAAUACAAUCUGAUAUACUGAAAAAUUUAAUUGUUAACAUUUUCAGUUGGUUUGUAAAAAUAUGAUAUUUCUUCGGAUUUUUUUUUUUUCACACGCACACUGAAAGGUCGAUAAAAUGGGAAUGACUAAAGAUUUUACAUUAAUUUGGGCAUUACUUUUAUAGAAAUUUCAUAGAAUAGCUAUCUCUGUAAACAUCAUCUUGGUUGUAGGUUAACUCGAGCUUUGUUAUUUCGAAUAUAUUUCUGAUACUUGUGUACAUGAUGUGAUAAUGAUUACUAUUUGUGGGUUAUAAAAUAGCUAGGAUUUGUGGGUUUGUGCCGACCGCCUCCUUUGUCGAGGAGUUAGAGUGGAUGACUUCUAAUCUAGUAACCUCUCUGGCGUGGGUUUGAUCCCAGGGAGAUGCUUUGGUAGUUUAGCAUGGAGGAAGGUAGUUUAGUACUGAUGUAACUCCAGGAACGAUGGUUAGGAAACUACCUGCCUAUAUGACUGAAAUACUGUUGGGGGGGAAAAGGCGUAAAAUGAAACAAACAAACAAACCUACUGUGGUCGUAACCAUUUUUUCCAGGCAUGACACCUGUACUUUAGUAAGUUCCAGUACGAUAUAAAUUGUUACACCUUUUUUUAUCAAGGUGAAAUAAGAUUGGGUACAUGAAAAACAUAGUAAGUUUGACCAGUUGAAUGUUUACAUAUGUAGCUAUUUAUUGUACAUAUAAUCUACAUUUAACAAAGAAUAUAUAAUGCAAGAUUUCUCCUUGAACAGUAGCAUAAAUAGGACAUAAGUUGCUUCUUUUAUUGUAAAAGUUUUAAAACACAAUUUAUUUAUUGUUAUUUUCUGUGUAAAAGAUCAUUUCAGAUGAGCACAGCAUGAUGCUGCCGAGUUUUCAGGCAGUAUUGUUGAGGCAAAAUAACUUCAUGCUUAUCCUAAGAAAAUAUUUUUGUGGCCACUAAACUAUUGGUAUGCUUCAUUUGUCAAAACUUGUUCCAUUUUCAAAUAUUUUUAAUGACAUGUAGUAACAUUAAAGCAGUGAAAUUCUUUAGUAUGUCAUAAAUAUUUUUUUCCUGAAAAAUAGCUCAGUAGAUUUUUAUGCUUUUGUUGAUGAAGAAAUGUUGUCCGCAAAAUUCUUGCAACUCAAUUUUUCAUGGUUACCAAUAUGAUGAUGAUGUUUAUGUUGUGACUAUUUGAAAAAAAUUGUUGCAAGUACCAAAAAAAAAAUAUAUGAAAAUAUCUUUGAUGUUCAAUUUAUAUUCUGUAAAGGACAGACUUGUAUUUAUUUUGACUCAUGCAGUGUAUUGCCUGUCAGAUUGGAUAUAAAACUGUUCCUUUUUGAUUUUACUUGUAAAAAAAGCAGUACAAAACUCGAGCUUCAGACAAUUCAGACAAAAAGAACGUGCAUGGAUUGGUGUUUAUGUUUGAAUAUACAGAAGUCAUCGAUUGUCAAAAAAUUAUCAGUGGUUUGCUGACAUUGGGUACCACCAGUAUAAAUGGGGAUUAGUUUUCAUCAUAAUUCUUGUAUUUCACGAUUUUCAAGACAAUAAAGUUCUCAACUUUGUGCCCAUGCAUAUUUGUGGCUGCUGCUCAAAGCUUGAAUAAGUUGGUUAAGUUUUUCAACAGGUCGUGAGUGUGUUUACAGCUUAAUUUCUGUACUGGUUUUUAUGUAUGCAUCUUGUUGUGAAAAUAAGGCAAGCCAAAACUGUGUUGUUAAAUUACCAUUGUUUUGUCAUGUCUAUAUUUUCCAGUAAACUUUUAACAGAAAAGUAGAUCUUUCUGUAAUUUGCUUGCAAAAUUAAAUUGGAAGAUAAACCUUGCAAGUGAUCUAAAAAUGACUAUAAAAAAACUUGAUUUUUAUGUUGUCUUGAAUAAGUUAUUUAUGAUAAUAUGCUAUAAAACUGUAACUAAUUUACUUUUUAAAACUUAGUUAGUGUACAAACAAAAACAUCCAAAUCUGAUUGUUAAAAAGCAAGGUAUGUUCAGCAUAUUUUUGCAUUUUCUAAACAAUGUAUUUAAAGAAGUAUUAAGAGACAAAUUCUCGCGUUUUUCUGGCAUGUGAUACAAGUGUUUGUAUAUUCUUGAGAAACAUGCUGAAUCUUAAGAAGUUUGCAAUGAAAGUAUUACUCUUAGUUUGAUACAUGACCAUGUAUCCCAUUAAAUAUGUAACCAUAUACUAUAUAAUACCAGUUAUAUAUAAACAUUGAUGAUUUUACCCUUCAUUGUGUUGGUUUACUGUUUAUUUUAGAAUAUUGACUAUUUUGCUUAGCAGUUUGAGGGUAUCAUAUUAAUUGGAAUAUUAGAUAUUUACCUACAAUAUAGUAGUAGGAUUCAAAUUUGAACAUUCAAAAUUUCUGAUUUUGCUUUUAUAUUUGUCGGUACGAUUUGGAUUUCAACAUAAACUGCUAUGUCAUAUCAAUGUUGAUAAAUAGUUUAGAAAUUUGUUUAUUGACUUGAUAUCUUCAAAUAAUAUUGUAUGUAUAAUCAAUGGAUAUACAAAUUAAUUUUAUGUUUCUUUCUGAUUGAAGUUCCUAGUAAAAAUCGUAUUUAGAUGUCACACAAAAUUUUGUUUGUACCUCUGCUUUUGUUUUGCAUUUAUUUGACACAGUUGAAUAGUUCAACCAGAUGGGUUGAACAUUACUGCAGUAAAUAUACAUAUAGUAGUUAUUGUGCUUUUGUAAGAAUGUUUGCCAAGGGUGGGGGUAAUUUUUGGGGGUAUAUAUUUCAGCUUUCAUUUGGUAAUAUUUGAUAUAUUUUGAAAAAAAGGCAUUUCUUCUUGUUUUUAAAGCCAUAACUUAAAAUGGAAAUAGCUAAGUUUCAUGGUUACUUAAACAAAAGCAUUAGUUUCUGGGUUUUAUUUCUUUGUAGUUUUCACAAGGUAUACUCUUGAUUACAGUUCAGAUAUAUUAUUGCAUAUUAUAUUAUAUUGGUAAAUAUGCAUUUAAAUUAACGGAGUAGGGGUGAUUUCAAUUGAAAACUUGACAAUGUAAUUUACUUGUAAUGAAUUAGAAAAGAAAAAUAAACAACUGAAUUUUUACUUAACAUUCAUUUCUGAAGAACUUGUUGCAUUUUGAUACAAAAUUAUGGAAGAAUGGGAGGGAAAGAUUUUGCAUUCUAUUUUAGACUACCUUAAUGUACCUUAAAAUCAUGUGGCAGUUGAGUGUUUACAUGCUUUAAGACUAGAUGGUGUUAGUUUGGAGCAAUUAUGUAGUAAAUUGGCAAAAGAAAACUGAAAUCGAGAACAUAGAUUGUUACCUUAAUUGAUACUGUCUGACUUGUUUAUAUCAACAGAUGGAUAUACCCAGUAUGUUUACAUUUAGUCGCACAGCAUUUAGAUGUUGUCUUUUAAGCUGUUUAAUUAUUUCAGUUAAAUAUUUCUUGGUUGAUCUGAGCUGUGUUUUAUUUCCCUUCAUUUCACACUAUAUCACAGCAAAAUAAAUAACGCUUUACAAUUCCUCUGUCUAAAGUCAUAAUUAAACAAGUUUAAAUUUUGAAUUUCUAGUUACUGAUAAAAGGGUAUUUACAACAUUAAUUUCCCACAUUUUAUUUUUUGCUAGACCUUUUGUAUAUGUGCAAUGGUUUUGCACUUCAGUGUUUAUUUUUGAAAUUGUACUUUGUCAAUAUAGGGUUUUUAUCCUAAAUAAGACUGCCAAGUCUUGUAGAGUAACAUCUGAUGUUUGGAGACCAAAUUGGGCAGUUUCUGUCAUAUAAAUACCCCUUUAUCAUAUUUCAUGUUCUGGUUAGAAAUACUAAUUGAAUAUCUUUAGAACCACAUGCUGUUACCUUGCAGUAACAUAAAA